AUGAUUCUCCCUGUCGACAAGCUGUGUUCAUCACAUAUUGGUCUCUUGAUGGUGAUUGACAUUCCCCAGGAGAGAGGGAUGGCUGUGGCUGACUCUCGCUGGGGAGACAACUCUGUUUGUUAUUUUCCUUUAUUUGACUGGCUCCAGCCCCUCCCCCUUAAGUGGAUGUAUGUCGUUUACCUCAUCAUGUUGUUUGGUGCAAUAGGGAUCAUGCUUGGUCUGUUAUACAGACUGAGCUGCGUAGCUUUCUUGGUGACUUACUGGUAUGUGUUUCUGCUGGACAAAACAAGCUGGAACAACCAUUCCUAUCUCUACGGACUCAUGGCAUUCAUACUACUGCUGUGUGAUGCCAACAGAUACAGGUCACUGGAUGGACUGCUGAGGCCUCAGAUAAGAAACUGUCACGUACCUCUAUGGAACUACACACUCCUCAGAUCACAGAUAUUCCUGGUAUACUUCAUAGCUGGACUGAAGAAGCUAGACAUGGAUUGGGUAUCAGGCUACUCUAUGCAGUACCUGUCCAGUAAAUGGGUGUUUGAUCCCUUCAGGUUACUGCUGACAGAUGACCAGAUCGACCUGUACAUAGUCCACAUCGGGGGACUCACACUCGAUAUGUUUGUUGGAUUCUUCCUGUUUUUUGACAAGACGAGACCGGCAGCUAUGUUCUUCGGGGGAUCUUUCCAUUUGAUGAACUCCCAGAUGUUUAACAUAGGGAUGUUUUCGUACACAAUGCUGGCUACCCUCCCAUUGUUCUGCUAUCCUGAUUGGCCAAGGAGAUUAUUACAAUGGUGUCCCUCACCAGGUGGCGCAAAGUCAGCAGAGGACUUACAACCAAAUAGCCAUUGUGUAUACAAGUUGGUCAAGUCACAGACAAACAAACAAGAGGGUAUCUCCGCAUAUCCUAAGUCAACUUGUAGUUCCACACCGAGUCUCCGCCAUAAAUUCUUCUCCUGUGUGGCCAUUCUCUACCUGAGUACCCAGUUGUUUCUACCAUACUCCCACGGCAUCACCAAGGGUUAUAACACAUGGACUAAUGGCCUGUACGGGUAUUCAUGGGAUAUGAUGGUACAUUCCUGGUCCACACAGCAUGUCCGUAUCGCCUACCACGACCGUGACACUGGUGAACAGGGCUUCCUAGAUCCACAAGCUUGGGCACCAGGAAGAAAUAACCGGUGGUCAAGUCAUGCUGACAUGGUUAAGCAAUAUAUGACGUGCAUAGCUGACCGUUUGACCGAGUACAAUAUCACCAAUGUCGAGUUAUAUUUAGAUGUAUGGAAGUCUCUCAAUGACCGCUUCCAGCAAAGGGUAUAUGACCCCAAGGUUGACCUACUUCGAGCGCACUGGGGACCAUUCUCAAAGGUUUCCUUUAGUUUUCCUUUACUGACUCAUCUGUCUGAUUGGAGAAAGAAACUCUCAGAGAUUCAGGAUGAACUUAGUAGCUCAUCAAACUACACUGAUGUUGUGUUUGUAGCAGAUUUUCCAGGACUUACACUGGAAAACUACAUACAGCCUGACCUUGGCAACACAAGCAUUACGCUUCUAAAAGGCAAAGUGAUCGUGGAGAUUGUAGACAAGAAAAAAAACUAUACACUUACGGAGGGACAACAGAUUCAGGUGCCUGCUGCUGCUUUCCACAAUGUACACACAGUAUCGUCAGAGCCGUCCUGUUAUAUGUAUAUUUUUAUCAAUACCACAAUGGAAGCCUUCGAGCUCAAGUUGGAGGAGUACAGGCAUGCUGUCAAUGCAAUGGCCAAUGGCACAGACAAAACAGGAGAAUUGAUGAAACAAUUUGAUGAUGAUCCUAACCUCCAUCAGUACGGUGAAAAACUGGCAAAGGAAGGAAGGCAGAAGGAGGAAAAGACGUAUUCACCUUGGCAGAUAGCAACUAGAUUUUUUAAGCGCAAAUACAAAAAGUUUACACGCAGUUUUUCCUUCGUUCACGGCGCCCUAAAGAGCAUCAUCUUUGGUGAUUCUUUUGAUGAUUUUUGUCAGACUUUAUACAAAGAGGAAAUGGACCAGAAAAACCAAGAAGAAAUGGAUAUCAGACUGCAAGGGACAAACUCCCCACUAUAGACUGUAUGGAACUUUACUGAUGAAACUGGUAUUUGAGAAAGAACAUUGCGAUGAUUUGGGGUACUUUUUGUUGAAAUAAGCAACAUGCAUUAAACAAGUAACAUCCUAGGCUGAAAGGGCUAGAGCAAUUGAGAAAACGGUGAUACUUGUGGUUUUACAGGAAAACAAACCUGGGUCACCUCAGAGAAUGACGAGUAUGUUACCAAUGUACUACCUGAGCUGUUUUGUCCUGCCAUCACCAUUACAGGGUCAACGAAUUGCCAAGGAACUUUGGACUGGAGAAUAAUUCUUGACAUCAAGUGUUUAGUAGGCAAACUUAAAACUGUUAUAGGAUAGUUGUAAAACAUGUAUUUCUUUAAUCAUGAAUAUCGGUUGUAUUGUCUGUGAUGUUGUCACAAUAUUGUUGAACUUUUAUCGGAAAAUUCUUUUUACAAAGUAUUAUUAUUAUUAUAACAAAGUAUUUGGAGUGUAGGCAGACAGUUUGGCGACAGGAAAUCAAAUAUUGAAUUAUUUUAUUUUAUUUUCAUAUAUUUAAUCAAUUAAUUCUUUAAAAAAAAAUAUUAUUAUAUGUUUUAGAUAUUUUUUUGUAUCAAAAUUAAUUUUUAUUGAAGCAUAUUGGAUUUAUUUUUCAUAGGAUU